AAUCAGAAUGCAGAUUACAUCCGUCCAUCUCCCCACCCCCAAGCACACAAAACGAAAGGAAAAAUAAAUCAUUGAAGAUACGACAGCAAGCAAAACAAUGGAAAGCUGCGAUAUGAAAUUAAUUGGACUAGUUGAAAAAGCCCCGUGCUUAUAUGAUAAAAGUAGCGGUGAUUAUAAAGAUAGGGUAAAAAAAAAACUAUACGUGGUUCCGUAUUGCCCGGGAGUUGGAUAUUUCAACUGAGGAUUGUGAGAAGAGGUGGACGUUGCUGCGUGAGCGUUUUUCACGGGAAAAGCGCUGUGCCAGAAUUGGUCCACCAUCGGGAGCUGCAGGCGGUGUUUCCGACCGGCAGCCAUCAAGCUAUUUCAAAGCGAUGCAAUUCCUCGACUUGCACGUCAAACCAAGAAAGACAAUUGGUAAUAUUCCACAAUGCUCUUCCCAGAAGAAAACAUUGUCUUCGGAUGAAGAACCAGAUAUGGACCCGUCAGCGCAUGAAUGGGAUGUGUAUGAAUUUCUAAAUUCGAAUGAUGAAAAUCAGUACAAAGAGGACUCUAUCGGCAUGAUUAUAACGGAUGAAAAUGGAAAGGAGAAUCUACCGCCCAAGAAAAGGCGAACUGUCCCAUUAACGAAUCCUCCACAAGAAGGAAAUGGAAAAAAAGUGACAAAAAACAACAAUGAAGAUCUGAUCGAAACGGUGAAAGAUACAUUGAAAACCGUACAGCACUUUUUGAGCAACGACCAAGAUACAAAAUCUGAUAUAAAUUGGAAUUUUUGUAUGAUGUUGUACAGUCAAAUGAAAAAAUUAUCAUAGAAAAAAAAUAAGACGGCACGGAGACGCAUACUAGAGCUUAUGGAUGUAAUCGAAAGCGACGAUAGUGAUUCUUGUAUAUUUAAAAAAUCUUUCAUGAUCGUGAUUUUGAAUAAACUUGAAUAGGUUAUUG